GUAGAAUCACAUUCAUUAUUGUGCCAUUACCAAACAUAUGAGUCACGAGAUAGAAGAAGCCAAAGACAGAGUCACAGGCUCUUCGUCUUCUACCUUCUUCCUUACUCAUUUCAUUUUCACCAAAACCAAAGUUAUAUUCUUCUCACUUUCCGAGCUUUCCAGUUCAACUAUGGCGGCUCCGAUCAUACUUUUCUCUUUCCUUUUCUUCUUCGCUGUCUCCGUCUCUGCGCUUAACGUCGGUGUUCAGCUCACACAUCCCUCCAUUUCCUUGAGUAAAGAAUGUAGCCGGAAAUGUGAAUCAGAGUUCUGUUCAGUGCCUCCAUUUCUGAGGUAUGGGAAGUAUUGUGGACUACUUUACAGUGGAUGUCCUGGUGAGAGACCUUGUGAUGGUCUUGAUUCUUGUUGCAUGAACCAUGAUGCUUGUGUCCAAUCCAAGAAUAAUGACUAUCUAAGCCAAGAGUGUAGUCAGAAGUUCAUUAACUGCAUGAACAAUUUUAGCCAGAAGAAGCAACCGACGUUCAAAGGUAACAAAUGCGAUGCUGAUGAAGUGAUUGAUGUCAUCUCCAUUGUCAUGGAAGCUGCUCUUAUCGCCGGCAGAGUCUUCAAAAAACCCUAACUAUAUAAUAUUUUUCUAGUUAAUUGUUUCUCUUGUUUUCUUUCCCUCAAGAUAUUUGUCCAUUUUACAAAAAAAAAAAAAAUCUAAUCUAAGUAAUAGUACUAUACUGUAGUACUUGUUCUUUCUUUCUUGUGUCUGAUAAAAUAAUACCUGUCAAACGUCCAA